AGAAUAAACUUGAAUUGAAAUUGAAUUGAACAACAUUUAGGGUCCCUCAGCCAGCUUGUUUACUUACAGUCUCAGUCAGCUGUCAGACGUUGUAGAGGGUGGAGUGUAGUCUUCCUUCUUGUGCUGGAUAAUAAACAAUGGUUGUAAAAAAUAUAUGUUGCAUUGGUGCUGGAUAUGUUGGUGGUCCAACUUGUAGUGUUAUAGCAUGGAAGUGUCCAGAUAUUCGUGUUCAUGUCGUCGACAAAUCUGAGCUGAGAAUAAAGCAGUGGAAUUCUGAAAAGCUACCCAUUUAUGAGCCUGGCUUAGAAGAUGUUGUCAAGGAAUGCCGAGGAAGAAAUUUAUUUUUCUCCAAUGACAUUGAGAUGGCUAUCAAGGAGGCUGAUUUGAUUUUUAUUUCUGUUAACACCCCUACAAAAACAUAUGGAAUUGGCAAGGGUCGAGCAGCAGACCUGAAGCACAUAGAGAUGUGUGCACGGAAAAUUGCUGAGGUAGCGGAAGGAAACAAGAUUGUAGUGGAGAAAUCGACAGUGCCUGUGCGUGCGGCUGAAUCCAUUACCCAUAUCUUAUCAGCCAACACAAGACCUGGAGUGUCCUUUCAGGUGUUGUCUAAUCCAGAAUUUUUAGCAGAGGGCACUGCUGUUGAAAACCUUCUCCAUCCUGAUCGUGUGUUGAUUGGUGGAGAGGAAUCAGUUGAGGGUGAUGAAGCUGUUGCCCAACUCACUUGGAUUUACAACCAUUGGGUCCCAACAGAGAAAAUAAUUACAACUAGUACCUGGUCAUCUGAACUUUCUAAACUGGCAUCCAAUGCUUUUCUUGCCCAGCGUGUCUCAAGUAUCAAUGCCAUCUCUGCCCUCUGUGAGGCCACUGGUGCAGAUGUUUCGCAAGUAGCAGUCGCAGUAGGCAAAGACUCUAGGAUUGGCUCAAAGUUCCUACAGGCAUCUGUUGGGUUUGGUGGUAGCUGCUUCCAGAAAGAUUUGCUGAACCUUGUGUACAUUGCUGAAUGCUUAAAUCUUCCUGAAGUGGCUAUGUACUGGCAGCAAGUUACUGAUAUGAAUGAGUAUCAAAGAACCAGAUUUGCUAAGCGGAUUGUUGAGUGCCUUUUCAAUACUGUAACAGAUAAAACAUUAGCUGUGUUUGGCUUUGCUUUCAAAAAGAACACUGGAGAUACAAGGGAAAGUCCUGCCAUUUAUGUAUGUUCUCACUUACUAGAAGAGAGUGCUCGACUCAACAUAUAUGACCCUAAGGUGGAGUGUAAACAAAUUGAGCAUGAUCUGACAAGUGCAGCAGUAACAAGUGACCCAGAACGUGUCCAACAGCUGAUAAAUAUCUACUCUGAUCCUUAUGAAGCUGUCAAGGAUGCCCAUGCUAUUGUUGUGCUCACUGAAUGGGAUGAAUUUAUCAGUUAUGACUACAGAAAGAUGCUGUCAGUCAUGAAAAAGCCUGCAUUUAUAUUUGAUGGACGCAAGAUUCUUGACCAUGAAGCUCUCAUCAAGAUAGGUUUCCACACAGAAACUAUUGGGAAGAGAUUUUCUAGAAAUACUCUCCUGCGAGCCUCUGGUGAUCACUUCCCUUCAUUCUCCUGGACAUUGUAAGAUCUGUCAACCAGCCUUCCUGGAUCCUGGGAUGUAAGAAGUGAUAUAUAAUCCAUUUUGGCUAAAUAUAUAUAUAUACAUAUAUAAAGGAGAGGUUUAGGAUAUUGCCUCUGCAAAGACAGUGAUUAUGUAUGAGUGAUGGUGAAAGUGUUGAAUGAUGAUGAAAGUUUUUUCUUACUUUUUUUUUUAUUUUUGGGUCACCCUGCCUUGGUGGGAUGUGGCCGAAGUGUUGAAAAAAAAAUAUAUAUUGUAAAUGAGAGGAAAAAGGUUGUUUAUAUAAUUAUUUUUAAUGCACUAUCUAUAAGAAUAAAUCACCAGAGACUGUAUUCCAUCAGUAUCAAUAUUGUAUGAACUGUAUAAUAAAAAUAGCAUAGCACAUUCCA